GGAACAGCAGAAAGAAAUCAUCUGCUUUGAUUGAUAAGACUGUGUUUUCUUUCUUUGUAACUGUCGAGAGAGAGGGGAGAACUGGUCAGCAUAUUCUUAGAUGGUCAAGUCUUGUGUUUGAAAGUGUAGCUCGGUACACAAAGGAGGCUAAAAAUAAUCUAGAAGUGGGCAUCUUCUUCAUCCCUGUAAGCCUUAGCUUGUUAGAUUGAUGUCGCAAUUGGAGGGAAAAGAAGGCAGAUCUUUUCUUGGUUUGACCAACUUAAACAAGUGAUCUUGCAGCGUAAGAAAGCGAGCAGAAUUUGCCUCUCGUUUCUCCUUCCUUUUCAUUGUUGUUGCGAGUAGAGGGAGGCCCAAGUUGGAAUCUUUGACCUUCUCCUCCCACCUUCCUUAGCUGAUUCAAACCCCCCAUCUGUUGAAUGAGUUGUUGCUAUUUAUGACGUUCUAGUUCUCUUGUUUAAGCCCGGGGAUCGUAGCACGCCUCAUGACCCCAUAAAAACCCUUGCUUUGCACUCGGUUCUGAUCAGAUUGAGAGAGUUGGAGAGGGGAGAAGGGAAAAGAGAGGCGCCAGAGCCCAAGUUUUUUUUUUUUUGGAAGAAGCUAAAUUGGGAGGAACAACGGAGGAAAGAAGUGGAUUUGGGUGAUUCUUAUCCAUACAAAGGCGCCGUUUUCUGUCUUAGAUUUUCCAACGGGUUUUACCUUCCAAGCUUGAUCCUUUAAUUUCGUUGAGGGGUUUUGGAGGAUUCCAUCUUAGCUAGGCUUGGUUAGGUUAAUCCCUGAAGAAAACGUUGAAAAGAUCAGAUCUUGAUCGAAGAAAUUGCUGAACUUUGAUGGGGAAUUGCUGCGCCGCCCCUGUUGAUCCGGAGAAGAAGAAGGCGAAGAAGAAGAAGAAACCGAACCCCUUUUCCACCGAUGGCCACCACGGACCCACACCCAGCCUCGUCGUCCUCAAGGACUCCGCCGGCCGGGACAUCCGGAGCCGGUACGACCUCGGCCGGGAGCUCGGCCGUGGGGAGUUCGGCAUCACCUACCUCUGCACCGACAAGGACUCAGGGGACCUCUUCGCCUGCAAGUCCAUCUCCAAGAAGAAGCUGCGGACCAUCGUGGACAUCGAGGAUGUGAGGAGGGAGGUGGAGAUCAUGAGGCACUUGCCAAGCCACCCCAACAUCGUGAGCCUCAGGGACACCUAUGAGGACGACGCCGCUGUCCACCUGGUCAUGGAGCUAUGCGAAGGAGGGGAGCUGUUCGAUCGGAUCGUUGCGAGGGGGCAUUACACCGAAAGGGCGGCCGCCAUGGUCAUCCGAACAAUCGUCCAAGUGGUGCAGAAUUGCCACAUGCAUGGGGUGAUGCACCGAGACCUCAAGCCUGAGAACUUCUUGUUUGGAAACAAAAACGAAAAUGCCCCUCUGAAAGCGAUCGAUUUUGGGUUGUCUGUAUUUUUUAAACCAGGUGAGCGCUUCACUGAGAUAGUUGGCAGUCCUUACUACAUGGCUCCGGAGGUUUUAAAGCGAAACUAUGGCCCGGAAAUUGAUGUCUGGAGUGCAGGAGUUAUCCUAUACAUCCUGCUUUGUGGUGUGCCACCAUUUUGGGCAGAAACGGAACAAGGCAUUGCACAGGCAAUUAUUCGUUCUGUUAUCGAUUUUAGAAGAGACCCGUGGCCAAAGGUUUCUGAUGCUGCCAAAGACCUUGUCAAACGAAUGCUUGAUCCAGAUCCUAAUAAACGUUUGACAGCUCAGGAAGUGCUUGAUCACCCGUGGUUGCAAAAUGCCAAGAAGGCUCCCAACGUUAAUCUUGGUGAAAGUGUUCGCGCAAGACUGCAGCAAUUUUCAGUGAUGAACAAAUUUAAAAAGAAAGCUCUUAGGGUGGUGGCUGAACAUUUAUCUGUGGAAGAGGUUGCUGAUAUAAAGGAUAUGUUUGAGAAGAUAGACGUAAACAGCAAAGGGCAAAUAACACUUGAGGAGCUAAAACAUGGUUUGCACAAGCUUGAAUACCCGAUUUCUGAUGCAGAUCUCAAGAUACUAAUGGAUGCAGCUGAUGCCGAUGGAAACGGCUCUCUGAACUAUAGAGAAUUUGUUGCUGUCUCUAUCCACAUAAGAAAGAUCGGAAAUGAUGAGCACCUGCACAAGGCCUUUCGAUAUUUUGAUCGAAAUAAUACUGGAUACAUAGAAAUUGAAGAGCUCAGUGACUGUUUGGCUGAUGAAUUGGGUCCAAACCAUGAAGAAGUGAUUAACGCCAUUAUUCGCGAUGUAGACACCGACAAGGAUGGGAAAAUAAGCUACGAGGAGUUUGCCACGAUGAUGAAAGCGGGUACGGAUUGGAGGAAGGCGUCAAGGCAGUAUUCCAGGGAACGGUUCAGUAACCUAAGCUCAAAACUGAUGAAGGAUGGAUCUUUGCAGUUGAAAAGCGAGGGUAGAUGAGAACUGAACAGACAUAUAUUUGUGAGUUUCAAACUUGAGAUCUUGUUUGGUUAGCUUUUUGAUAUAUUUUUUUCUUGUCAUAUUUGUUUCCGUAACGAUCCCGAAAGUUGGUUCUUCCCACUUUUUUCUUCUUUUCUUCGGUUUCUUCGAUAGAGCAAGGGGAUUGUGGGCAUUUGAGAUUGACAAUAUGUGUGGACUACAAAGGGAUGCCAAUGGGUUGUGGUUGUAUAUAUGCAUGUAUUUGCAUCUCCGCAAGUUGGAAGGGACACAAGUGCUAUUUGUAUUCUUACACCUUAAAUAUAUAAUUCAGCAGAUCUGCACAUUUGAUGUCAUCA